GUUGCGAUCUGUAUGUCUCAGAGUAUUUUCAUGGUUAUUCUAGGUGCUUGCAGUCCAGCACUGGCCAUCCGGCUCCAUCCGUGGACAUCCGGCUUUAUCCAUGGUUAUUUUCAUGGUUAUUCUAGGUGUUUGCCCUCCAACACUUACCACGCGGCUCGAUCCGUGGCCAUCCGGCUUCAUCCAUGGCUAUACCCGGCUCAAUCCAUGCCAUCGUGGCUAUCCGUGUUGAUCCGGCUCCGUGUAUGGCCUCCCGUCGUUUCCGCCGUGAGCGGCAGAUAAGAGAAGGUGGAGAAGUCGUCCUUCAAGGUUAAGCAGGCCCAGGGGGGGAAAACUCAAAGCCAGAACACCCGUUUAUACUAAGAGGAAGGAGGUAGGAGACGGCGAACACCCCCAUUGUACAUGGAGGAAGGAGAUAGGAGACGUUGAACACCCCAUUGUACACGGAAGAAGGAGAUCCAUUUUAGGAAGAAGAGGUAGGUAGACGCUGCUCUGGGUUGAGUUGAAAUCAGGUAUGAGAUGAAAUCAGAUUGUUAAGUUGUUGAUUUUAGCUAUGACUUUGAAUCUUAUAUUAGGGUUCUAAAUUUGAGUUUACAGUAGAGUUCAUUGAGCCUAAUCAGGUCUGAGUUGAAAUCAGAUUGUUAACAUGUUGAUAUUAGGUGUUUAACUUUGAAUCUUGUUAGGGUUUGAAAUUUGAGAUUAAAGCAAAGUUCAUUAA